AUGAAUAUGACAGAUGUGCGGGUGGAAAAGCUUGAGCAUUUGUUCGAAGAGACUGGUAGGAAUCCCAACCUCGCCAACGAUGCCUUAGACACCAACAUCCGCGAGUACGUUCAGGAGUACAUGGCGAACCAACCAAACUAUACACACAACGCAGCUCAACCGGAUUACGCGGGGACGCAGCACACCCAUACCGACAAGCGCAUGUUAACAACAAUUAUCGGUAAUUUGGACGGCCUCGACGAUUUAGUCUCGGCCACGACCUGGCUCCAGGACAAGAUCGAGGCCAUGAGCGGGCCACGACCUUCUAAGGUUUAUGCCAAGGGGCAAUACAAGGGUAUCAUUGUUGCAGAGUUCAGAGACCCUGGGGUUCGAGAUCUUUGUGUCGAGCUUCUCCGACGUGCUGGGCUGAAGUGUGGUACCAAGCAAGUGUGGGCCAGCCAAGAUCGUGAACCUUUCGAUCGCGCUGCUCGGAGUCCUUGCUUUGGUUUGAAGCGGUUGUUCAGGACCGAGUGGUCGAUCUCCGACACGGUGAGUGUCACGGAGGACCUCCCAUAUACCAUCACGGCCGGCGGGGAGGAGGCGGUCACGGAAUCGAAGAAGAAGGCCAAUGACGUCGUGACCCGCGCCACCUCGGGCAUGAAGGGCUCGGUCAAAGGCAGCGCCAAGGGGAUGGCAAAAGGUGUCCCUGGGCGCCUUGGGGAAAAGGAAAUGGCCCCCGGUGAUGUCUCACCAGCAUUGGCAGUCGGCACGAUUGCCGUUAUGAGCUCAAAUCGAUUGCGAAUUCAACGUGUGCGUGCACAUACUCAUGCAGUCUACCAGCCCGCACUGGACGUGGAGACCCUGGUCUUCGAGGUGGGCCGCCGCAUCCAUGCAGACACCAUGCCAGCGGUGUUGGUGACCCUGUAGUUCGAGGAGGCCAGUUGCAACCUACGGAAAUUCGCACUCCUGAGUUUGACGAAGCUGCGGC